AUGGCCCAAUACACGAGCACCGCGAGUCCCGCCCAGUCGACGGCGACGACGGCAUCAGCCCAGCAGCAGCAGCCCCCUGCCCAGGCUCGGUCUCACCCUCAGGCACCCGCGCCGCCGUCGCAAUCCUCGCAGCAGCAGCAGCAGCCUCCUCAGCACAAGCGCGUCUACCAGGCGUGCAUCCCGUGCCGCCGCCGCAAGGUGCGAUGCGACCUCGGGAGCGUCGACAACCCCCACGAUCCGCCGUGCGUGCGCUGCCGCCGCGAGAGCAAGGAGUGCUUCUUCAGCGCCACGCGCCGCAAGAGGAAGACGGACGAGGACGACAGCGACGUCGACGAGUACGUCGUCAGGAACGGCCGCAAGAAGCUGCACGCCGCCGACAGCCCGCCCUUCUCCCGCUUCGACCGCCGCCAGUACAGCGACACGCCCCUGACCCCCGGGGGCUCGCACGGGAGGAACCAGCCGCUGCGGCGGCCGGACGGCAAGGCUGGCAGUGCCCGGGCGCGCGGCGGCAGCGAGUUCGACGGCGAUGGCGACUCCAACCAGACGCUCGAGAACCUCGAGGCCCAGACCGUCAUGCGGCGCGGCGUCUACGGCCCGCACGACGCCCUCGACCUGCUCUACAAGGCCGCGACGGAUAGCCCGGCUGCGGAUGUAACACACAGGCGCCAGCCAAGCAUGGCGUCCAUUGCCCCGGGGCCGCCUCAGCAAGCGCAGGCCGCCGCCGACGAACCUGGCCAUCGUGCCAAGUCGAGGGGGCCGUCCAUAUCCGUCCGGUCCGAGCAGCCCAUCGAUCCCAAUCUGGCCCGCCCAAUGUUGAGCGCCCAGCCUGGCUAUGAGGAUGCCUUGAGGGCCUGGUCGCGGUUCCGUUUCGUGCGAGCUGGCUGGUUCACCGCGCAAGAAGCCAUUGAAUAUAUUGACUACUACUAUAAAUACCUUUCACCACUUACGCCGAUUUCGCCUCCUACCUUUAGCAACCCGUCGUCUCACUUGACCCUCCUAACGGAAGAACCCAUCCUCACAGUCACCCUUCUCACGAUUUCCUCGAGAUAUUGCCAGCUUCCCGGCACCGGCGGUAUAUGCAGAUCGCACGCGGUGCCCGAGCAGCUAUGGACCUAUUUGCGCGGCAUGAUUGAGAGGUGCCUAUGGGGGCAGGAAGCGUUUGGCGGCGGCUUCUGCGGCUCGGGGUCUGCCUCCAUGCUUACCGAAGAAUCUCAAACAAGCAGCACGGCUCCCUGGCGAGGCCUGCGCAAAGGCAGUUUGAGGACACUGGGUACCAUUGAGUCGCUGCUGAUCCUGACCGAGUGGCACCCUCGUGCUUUGCACUUCCCUCCAGCGGAGGCCACCGAUGAGCUGGUGCUCCCCAUUGCCGAAGCCUCUCCUUUGAUGGCGUCCGAAGACGAGCUGCACAGGACCAUCGGCGCCGGCAUUGGUGGCAAGAGGAUCGAGAGCUGGCUGGAGCCGGCGUGGAGGAGCGACCGCAUGUGCUGGAUGCUGCUCAGCACGGCCAUGGGACUGGCGUAUGAGCUCGGCGUGUUCGACGACAUUGACGAGCUGCUCAAGGACGACGCCAUCACCCGUCCCGAGUACAAGGACGAGGUCUACCGCCAGCGCGCAAACCGUAUCAAGCGGCUCCUGCUCAUCUACACGAGCCAGCUUGCCGGCCGCUUGGGCUGGACCAGCAUGACGCCGGAGCACCUCCGCAAGGCUGAUCCCGCCGUCGCCCGUCAGAGGCCCCUGACCACGGACAGCGGCGGCACGCCCGCGACGAACCCGUCCUCCUUGGCCAACGGCUUCAACUACGUCCCGGAUCUCGAGCUCGACGAUCAAAUCAUCCACUGCUGGGCGGGCAUCAGCAACGCCAUGCACCUCGGCAACGAGAAGCUGUUCAAGACGCGCAAGCACACCACGGAGAUUAUCCAGUCGGGCAAGUACGUCGACCUGCUGAGGGAAUUCACGCCGCUGCUCAAGGACUGGUACCGAGAGUUUGAGCUGUUCCGUCUGCCGCAGUACAUUAGGCACAUUCUGACCAUCGAGUACGAAUACGUCCGCAUCUACAUCAACUCCCUCUCGUUGCAGGCGGUGGUCGAGCGGUGCACUAACAAUGCGGGCAACACUGCCAGCUCUGGCAACGGGCUCCAGCCGACGCACCUGUCCCCGCAGACCAUGAUCAACUACGGCAAGCUGCCGCUGGGCCAGCUGGGAGGCUUCACCGUUCACGACCAGGAGUACGUGCGCGAGGUGGUGGACGGCAGCCGGAAUCUGCUGCGGACGGUCGUCGAGGGCCUGUUGCCCGGCGGCUACCUCAAGCACGCGCCCGUGCGGACGUACUUUCGCAUCAUCAGCGGCGCCAUGUUUCUGCUCAAGACGUUUGCCCUCGGCGCGCCGCGGUCCGACGUGAAGCUCAGCAUCGAGCUGAUGGACGCCACGGUCGAGGCGCUCCGCAACUGCAUCGUCGACGACGUGCACCUGGGCAUCCGCUUCGCCGACCUGCUCGAGUCCCUGACCAGCCGUCUGCGGAACCGAUUCAUCCAGGCGCCGAUGCAGCAGCCGUCUGCCAAGACACAGAGCCCGGCUCCGGAGACGGGCAGCGCGGGCGCCGUGCCACAGCAGAAUGGCGAGAAUGCAGAGAAUGGGGCCAACUGGGUGGGCAGUCACGCGCAGAGGCUUAGAGACGGCCUCAACGGGCACUACCGAGUGCCGACUCCCGCCACCACGGAGGCUAACAACAUCUCGGCGACGCCUUUCGACCUCUCGACCGGCAACUUCCCGUACCACGGGGCGUCGUCCAUUGGCCCGUCCACGCCCGCGGCGGACAACAGCAACACGUCGGGCGCCGGCGGCAACAUGGACGUGAACCUGUUUGACGAGUGGAACAACGCCGGCAGCGAGAUGUGGUAUCUGCCGCCGGGGCCGGCCUUUUUCCAGAACAUGGAGAACAGCUCGGUGGCGAUGACGGCCGAGGGCGUCAACGUCGGCGGCCUGGACCUGCUCGAGUACAUGGCCAUGGACCCGGUGCAGUUUCCGGGUCUGGACGGGACGAACAGCGGAGCGGCUAGUUGA